CGUCGACGCAUUUCAAUUGGAUUCAGGGUUUAAUUUAUUGAAAUGUUGCCCUUUCGCUUGGGCCUGCUACUUGGCGCCGUGCUUUUCGUGGCAUGCGCAAAUGGAGCUGCCAUCGAAAAUGAGCUUUCUAGUCUGAACGACUUGCAGCGGGAGAAGAGAGCCGGCAGAGGCUAUUCAAGGGGACAAACCCAGUCUCAGUACUUAAAUUUCGGCAAGCCGGAGGAGGAUGGAAAGGCUGAGGCGGAGGCCACGGAAAAUGGAUCUCGCUCAACUGUCUCUGGAACCCAUGGAAUGGGUCAGGCUCAGAGCCAGUUCUCAUCAGGGGACUGCAACGGAUGUUCUGGCUACCAACCGGAUUACCCUUCAUCCGGCAGAAUUCUGGAUGCCAGCGGAGCCGGAGGGGUCGGUAGGCCCGAUGCGAUAAUAAGCUUACCCGGAGGAGUUGGCGGACAGACUGGAGCCGGACAACCGGGAUACGGAACCCAACCUGGUAUUGGCGGACAGACUGGAGUCGGACAACCCGGAUAUGAAAGCCAACCCGGAGUUGGUGCUCAGACUGGAGCAGGACAACCCGGGUAUGGAACCCAACCUGGUAUUGGCGGACAGACGGGAGCAGGACAACCCGGAUACGGAACCCAACCUGGUAUUGGCGGACAGACUGGAGCCGGACAACCCGGAUAUGGAAGUCAACCUGGUAUUGGCGGAGUCGGACAAUCCGGAUACGGAGAUGAACCGCAAGUUGGCGGACAGGCUGGAGCCGGACAACCCGGUUACGGAACACAACCUGGUAUUGGCGGACAGACUGGAGUCGGACAACCCGGAUAUGGAAGCCAACCCGGAGUUGGUGCUCAGACUGGAGCCGGACAACAGGGUUACGGAACGCAACCUGGUAUUGGCGGACAAUCUGGAGCCGGACAACCGGGAUACGGAACCCAACCUGGUAUUGGCGGACAAACUGGAGCCGGACAACCCGGAUAUGGAAGUCAACCUGGUAUUGGCGGAGUCGGACAAUCCGGAUACGGAGAUGAACCGCAAGUUGGCGGACAGGCUGGAGCCGGACAACCCGGUUACGGAACACAACCUGGUAUUGGCGGACAGACUGGAGUCGGACAACCCGGAUAUGGAAGCCAACCCGGAGUUGGUGCUCAGACUGGAGCAGGACAACCCGGAUACGGAACCCAACCUGGUAUUGGCGGACAGACUGGAGCCGGACAACCCGGAUACGGAACCCAACCUGGUAUUGGCGGGCAGACUGGAGCCGGACAACCCGGUUACGGAACCCAACCUGGUAUUGGCGGACAGACUGAAGUAGGACAGCCCGGAUACGGAACCCAACCUGGUAUUGGCGGACAGACUUCAGCCGGACAACCCGGAUACGGAACCCAACAUGGUAUUGGCGGACAGACUGAAGUAGGACAGCCCGGAUACGGAACCCAACCUGGUAUUGGCGGACAGACUUCAGCCGGACAACCCGGAUACGGAACCCAACCUGGUAUUGGCGGACAGGCUGGAGCCGGACAAUCCACAUAUGGAAGACAACCAGGUAUUGGCGCUCAGACCGGAGCAGUACAACCUGGAUACGGAACCCAACCUGGUAUUGGCGGACAGACUGGAGCCGGACAGCCCGUAUAUGGAAACCAACCUGGUAUUGGCGGACAGACUGGAGCCGGACAGCCCGUAUAUGGAACCCAACCUGGUAUUGGCGGACAGACUGGAGCCGGACAACCCGGAUACGGAAACCAACCUGGUAUUGGCGGACAGACUGGAUCCGGACAACCCGGAUACGGAACCCAACCUGGUAUUGGCGGACAGGCUGGGGCCGGACAACCCGGAUACGGAACACAAGCUGGCAUUGGCGGACAGCCCGGAGUCGGACAAUCCGUAUAUGGAAGCCAACCAGGUGUUGGUUCUCAGACCGGAGCAGUACAACCUGGAUACGGAACCCAACCUGGUAUUGGCGGACAGUCUGGAGCCGGACAGCUUGGAUACGGAACCCAACCUGGUAUUGGCGGACAGACUGGAUCCGGACAGCCCGUAUAUGGAACCCAACCUGGUAUUAGCGGACAGACAGCAGCCGGACAACCCGGCUACGGAACUCAACCUGGAAUUGGCGGACAGUCUGGAGCCGGACAGCUUGGAUACGGAACCCAACCUGGUAUUGGCGGACAGACUGGAUCCGGACAGCCCGUAUAUGGAACCCAGCCUGGUAUUGGCGGACAGACUGGAGCCGUACAACCCGGAUACGGAACCCAACCUGGUAUUGGCGGACAGACUGGAGCCGGACAACCCGGAUACGGAACCCAUGGUGGUAUUGGCGGACAGCCCGGAAUCGGACAAUCUGCAUAUGGAAGUCAACCAGGUUUUGGUUCUCAGACCGGAGCAGUACAACCCGGAUACGGAACCCAACCUGGUAUUGGCGGACAAACUGGAUCCGGACAACCCGGAUACGGAACCCAACCUAGUAUUGGCGGACAGACUGGAGCCGGACAACCCGGAUACGGAACCCAACCUGGCAUUGGCGGACAGUCUGGAGCCGGACAGCUCGGAUACGGAACCCAACCUGGUAUUGGCGGACAGACUGGAGCCGGACAACACGGAUACGGAACCCAACCUGGUAUUGGCGGACAGGCUGGAGCCGGACAACCCGGAUACGGAACACAAGCAGGUAUUGGCGGACAGCCCGGAGUCGGACAAUCCGCAUAUGGAAGCCAACCAGGUGUUGGUUCUCAGACCGGAGCAGUACAACCUGGAUUCGGAACCCAACCUGGACGUAGCGGUCAGAUAGGAGCCGAACAACCCGGAUACGCUAGCCAACCUGCACCUGGAAGUCUGAUCGCGGUCGGACAACCCGGAUACGGAUAUGGAGGUCAACCUGGAAUUGUUGGUCAAACAGGAGCCAGUGGAAGGCAACCCGGAUACGGAACCCAACCUGGUAUUGGUGGACAGGCUGGAGUCGGACAGGCCGGAUAUGGAAGCCAACCCGGAGCUGGCGCUCAAACCGGAGCGGGUCUACCAGGAUACGGAACCCAAGCUGGUAUUGGCGGACCAGUCGGAGCCGGAAAACCCGGAUACGGAACCCAAGCUGGUAUUGGCGGACAGCCCGGAGUCGGACAAUCCGCAUAUGGAAGCCAGCCAGGUGUUGGUUCUCAGACCGGAGCAGUACAACCUGGAUACGGAACCCAACCUGGUAUUGGCGGACAAACUGGAGCCGGACAACCCGGAUACGGAACCCAACCUGGUAUUGGCGGACAGACUGGAGCCGGGCAACCAGGAUACGGAGUCCAGCCAGGAUUUGGAGGACAACCCGGAGCCGUACAACCCGGGUACGGACGCCAACCUGGAAUUGGCGGACAGACUCCAGCUGGACAACCCGGAUACGGAGGCCAACCUGGAAUUGGUGGAUCUACUGCAUAUGGAACACAGCCAGGAAUUGGAGGGCAAACAGGAAUCAGUGGUGGGCAUCCCGGGUACGGAACUCAACCUGGAGUUGGCGGACACACCGGAACCGGUCAGCCCGGAUUCGGAACCUCACCUGGAACAGGUGGACAAGGCCCGGCCGGCCAAGCCGGAUACGGACAAUCCGGAUAUGGAUCUCAACCCGGAAUUGGCGGACAGACCGGAGGCGGACAAGGUGGAUACGGAAGUCAACCCGGAAUCGGUGGAUCGCCAGGCUAUGGAGCACAGCCAGGAGGUGGCGGCCAAAGUGGAGCCAUUGGAGGGCAACCCGGACAGACCGGAGGUGGUCAAAUUGGGGCGCCAGGUCGGUAUACAGAUGGAAGUCAGACUGUACCUGGUGCUGUUGGCACUGGUGGAGCUGUUGCUGCCGGUACCGGUGGAGCUGACGAUGCCUUUUCCCAAGCCGAGUCAACCAUAGGCGACGGACAAGCCUCAGCCAGUGCUCAGGGCAAGAAGAAUGGAGGCACGGCCAAGACUCAGGUGUCGGGAACUUACAGCUCCGGCGGAACCUUUAGCGCCAGUGCAAUGACGUCCGAUGCGGAUCGUGCGGCCAGUGCUCAGGUUACCGGAAAUGCCGAUGGAGCAGUGAGUCAGUCGCAGGGAUCGGGAGGUCCUGCCCAAUCGCAGGCCCAGGUACAGGUGGCCAAGGACGGCGGCACCAAGGCCUCGUCCCAGAGCGGAGGCAUCAUCCAACAGAGCCAGAGCGAGGUGCACGCCAAUGACAAGGGCGGUCUGGCGGACGCCCAGUCGAGCGGACCCGGACAAACCUCAUCCCAGGCCCAGAUCGGCUUCCGUCCCGGCCAGGAGGCCAAUCCGCCAGCAGCCAAUGGUGGCGGCCAGGCGUCGUCCUCAUCUGGCACUCACUCUAGUCAGAGUAGCUCCCAAAUUCACGGAACAUCCAGCUUUGGUGUUUCCUACCAUGGUGCUGCACAGUCUGCGUCGGGAACCAAGGAGCAGGUGGCUACUUACAGGGAAGCAAACCGGGAACUCUUCAACACCAUCAGUCAGUUUGGCAACAACGGCAAUGCCGUUACUGAUCGAGCUGAUGCUGUCUACAGUGGCCCGGCGCUUACUGAUGAGUCCGACCCAGUGCCAGAGGCUCAACUAAAGUCCACCAAGCCCAAGGAGGAAGCGGAGCAGGUAGUGAGUAAGCCGGAGCAGCCGGAACCCGUUCAGUACGAUGAUGAAGAGGAAGCCGAUCCGGAUGAAUACGACGAGGAUGAGUACUACAACGAGAAGCCAGUGAAGCUAGAGGAAACCCCAAAGUCGGCCAGCAUAGUGAAGCCGCCCGAAACCACACCUAAACCCAAGGUCUACGAGCAGUCAUCGCCCACGCAAAGCCAACAGGCAGUCGUAGUGCCGACGCCAGGUGAAAAAUAUCAGGUGGUGCAAAAGCAGAACGGUAAGGCCACCGUCAAUGCUGUACCCUCGACCACCGAAGCCAUACCACCAGGAUUCCGAGGCACUGUGAAUGUGGAAAAGAAGUUCCACACCAAGGCCCUGGAGCUGCAUCCUCCCAAGGGAGUGGAAAUCACACCCGACACCAACGACGAGGGUCCGGUGCGUGGUGACAAGCCCAUUCGACGUACUCCCGAUAGCUACGUGACCGUCACCAAGUCAGUGACCGGCAGCAUGGACAACACCAAGAACCCACCGCAGGAGAACAAGAACUUCCAGUCCACCUACUACACCAAGUCCUCGACAUGCGGCUACUUCACCUUCUCCUGCAACAUUGUCUACGGCGCCAAUGGAAGGAGCAAGAUCUGCCGGCCCAAGGCGCCCACCAAUGGAAAGUGCUAGGGAAGCCAAAUGCGCAUCCCUUUAUCCACCCCACCCAUAUUAUAGUAGAUCAGUUCCAGAGGGGCUCAAUUUUAGAAUAGCUUAACCAACUGCCAUCUACAAACACCUAUUUGUAUUUUGAUGCAGCUUGCUCUUGAGCACUUAAGUGUUUUUCGCAAUUAAUUAAAAGGUUUCACUGCCAUUUCUUG